AGAUGGCCAACAAUUCCCUGUCCACACGGAACCCACUAUUACAUGUGUAGUACAAGGGGUCACCCACAGGUUCCUUGUAGACACUGGAUGCACAUACUCCACCAUCAAUUCUCAUCAACCCCUCUCUUCAGACAAGGUAAAGGUGGUGGGGGUUUCAGGAAAUCCUGAAGAUCAAUACAAAACCACUCCACUAUUAUUCCAGUGGGGCCCUUCCAGUUUGAAACACCAAUUCCUAUAUUGUCCAAAUUGCCCAAUCAACCUACUAGGUCGAGACCUACUCUGUAAAUUAGGAUGCGCAAUCUACCUAACUGAAUCAGAUGUGGAGGUUUCGCUCGAUCCACCGCCAAGGGCCCGAAUCCUGAUGCUCCCAAUUCUGCCCGCACCUGCUCUAUCUACCACACAGGAGGUUUACUGGCUCAAAUGCCUACCAACUGGACCUGGAACUCCUGCCAUCCAAUUUCAAUUUAACCAAUGGAGGAAGCUAAUAUACACCUUUCAUCCAUACAAGACACCACAGGCAGAGUUGCACUGCACCCUCAACGUCACUGACGACGAAGACACGCCUUAUACUCAAGACUGGGAUGAAAACAUGAUGCAUCUUACCCCAGACAUACGGUGCCUCACCAUUGUGUGCGGCCCAGAGGGGGUGGCAGCCCCAGUCAUACUCCCACACCAUAUUAAACCUUGGUAUCAACUGGGACCCGACUCUUCUCCACACGUGACCCUCGCAGUAGGGAAUGGUCAUGAGGCCCGAAGUCUGGGUCCAAUGAUAAAAAGGGCCUCGAAACUCAUUUGGGAAGCGACUCAUAUGCCUGGCCUGUUGAAAGCAACCACCGAAAAUAUGUGGCGUCUGACUAUGGUGGACACGGAAGAACGGUGCCAGCCUGAGCGUCUCACUCUCCCCAGGCACCACGGAAAACCCUACUCUGAUCACCCUUCCUCCCCUGCUGUCUUGGAUUCCAUAGACAAGGCAAUAUGGACAACCACGCCAUUUGACGUCGGAAAGUUACAGGUCCAACCAGUGCGCAUUACCCUAACCAAUCUGGAACAAGUACCAAUAUUUCGAAACCAAUAUCGACUGAAGCAUGAACAGACAGAGGGGAUCAGACCCACUAUCGAAGGCCUCCUGGGAGCUGGGUGCAUAUACAGGACUUUAUCACCCUGGAACACCCCCAUACUGCCGGUUCUGAAGGCAGAUGGAGAAACAUACCGGAUGGUACAGGAUUUCCGAGCGGUAAAUGAAGUUACCACACCUAUCGAUCUCCCAGUUCCCGAUCCACACAUCACUCUGAGCAACCUGUCACCAAAUCAUCAGUAUUUCACCGUGGUGGACUUGGCCAAUGCCUUUUUCAGCAUCCCAUUGGAUGAGGCUUCCCAGCCGCUGUUUGCCUUUACCUACGAGAAUCAGCAAUUUACUUAUUCCGUACUUCCCCAAGGCUACACUUCUUCCCCUGGAAUUUUCAAUCAUAUUCUGAAGACUCAUCUGGCGGAACUGAAAAUCCCAGAUGGAGUGAUACUCAUACAAUACGUAGACGACCUGUUGCUGGGGGCUCCCACCUCAGACCUCUGUCUAGAAAUGACUAAAACCCUGUUAGACUUUCUGGCGGUCAAAGGCUACAAAGUCAAGAUGUCAAAAGUCCAAUCAUGCAGACGAACCGUUCUGUUCCUGGGAAGGGAAAUCUCAAGCGAGGGGGCAGGCCUCUCAAAAUCACACCGUGACUCAAUUUUACACCACCCCAGACCCAUUACGGUCUCAGGAAUGCUCUCAUUCUUGGGGUUGACGGGGUACAGCCGUACUCACAUUCCGGACUAUACUGAAAGAACUGAACCCCUGAGAGAAAUUGUUCGGGAAGUAGGCCCAAGAAACCUACAGGCUUCACUGACAUGGACUCCUGAAGCUUCAAAGGCGUUUGGCCUAUUGAAAACUGACCUGUCUGUUGCGGCUGCCCUCACUGCACCAGACUACACAAAGACAUUUCACUUGGAUGUUUCUGAGAAGGAAGGCUUUGCAUCAGCCGUCCUUUUUCAGAAACAUGAGGGGGAGAGAAGAGUACUUAUGUACCACUCUUCAAAACUGGACCACAUUGAAACAGGACAGACCACCUGUUCCAGAUACGUAGCAGCGGUAGCCAAGGCUAUUGAGAAGACAGCACACCUGGUAAUGUGCCACAAGAUGCAAAUACACACCCACCAUGGGGUGGCAGCAUACCUCAUCAGCAAAGAAUUCACUUUCAGUGCAGACAGAAAAAACAAAAUCCAGAACAAAUGCACCCAGUCACACAUCACCUUUGUGAACACCGACAAGAACAUGGCAGAUGCCCUCAACACAGAGGAGGGCCUAGCACACUCCUGCCAAGAGAGGGCAGCACAAGAGCUCAAAUUGAGACCAGACCUGGAAAAUGAACCAUUGACAUCACCAGACCUAUGGCUGUACACAGACGGAUGUUGCUACAAGGGAGACACAGGAAACAUAGCUGCCUAUGCAGUCGUACAACAGCUGCAUGACAAAACACAUGUCACGUUGGAAUCAGGAAUUGUCCCCCAGCCAGCAUCAGCACAACUUGCGGAAAUUGUGGGUCUGACUCAAGCUCUAGAGAAAGCCGAAGGUAAAACUGUAAACAUUUACACGGACUCGGCAUACGCACACGGAGCCGUGCACAUAGAUGGACCACAAUGGGUUAGGCGCAACUUUACCACCACAGGUAACCUACCCAUUAAGCACAGAGCCCAGAUGGAACGUCUGAUACAUGCCGUAUCCUUACCAAAGACAGUGGCCAUAAUGAAAUGCAAAGGCCACCAAAAACUGACCAGCAGAAUCAAUCAUGGAAAUGAUGCCGCAGACUUGGCAGCCAAGACCGCAGGAGGCUACAGCCCCCGACAGAUGGUGCUCAGGAUAGAACCAGCAAGGACUGAACUGACAAACCAACACAUACUAGAACUACAGGAAGAGGCAGGCCCUUAUGAACAUUCGGUUUGGACACAGAAGGGAGGCUCUAAAGGACCAGACGGAAUAUGGAGAUGCCAUGAUGGCCGACUGGUGGCUCCAGCAAAUCUCUGUCCAGAACUGAUAAGGGAAGCCCACGGACUCACCCACGAAGGAAAACUCAGGACUCUCCAGAAGGUUUCGUACAUAUGGUGGCACCCCCACAUGAAGGACAUGACAGAUCUAUUCUGUGACGAAUGCAACAUAUGUGGGAGCUACAAUCCAAAGAAGCCUUACCAAACCCCAAUGGGAGCCUACCCGGUGCCAAACGCAUGUUUCCAAGACAUCAGUAUAGACUAUACCGACAUGGGAGAGGACAAUGUAAAGUACGGGAAGAGAUAUUUGCUAGUGAUGGUAGACAGAUUCUCUAGAUGGGUAGAAGCAAUUCCAACAGCUAAGGAGGAUGGGAAGACGGUCAUUAAGUGGCUGCAGUCAGAACUAAUACCUAGAUAUGGGGUCCCUAGACAAAUCCGAAGCGACAAUGGGUCCCACUUCGCAAACAAACACCUGAGACAGGUGGAGGAGAGGUUCGGCAUUAUACACAAGUUUGGUUCCGUGUAUAAGCCGCAGGCCCAAGGCCUUGUGGAGCGCUGCAACCAAUCUCUUAAGUGUAAGAUAGCCAAAGUGUGUGCUGGUACAAAACUGACAUGGGUGGAGGCCCUGCCACUGGCGUUGAUGGCCAUGAGGUCAUCACCAGGGGCAGGGACUCAUCUUUCACCCCACGAGAUAAUGACAGGAAGAGUAAUGCCAGGUCCACCAAGAGAGGGAGGUCAUAUGCCCCCUCUUGAUGUACACCAGAUAGGUAUGACUGACUAUGUGAGAAAAUUGACGGAACUGUCUGCAGCUCUCUCCAAACAGAUACACAGAGUCCAUGAGGGGGAGCUGACGGGAGAUCCAGAGCAGCCAAGGGUAAAGGUCGGCGAUUGGGUAAGGAUCAAGGUCCACAAAAGAAAGUGGGCGGAUCCCAGGUGGACUGGACCGUACGAAGUGAAGGAGGUUACUUCACACUCAGUCCAGGUCAAAGGUAAAUCGGGCGCACCUUGGCACCACUUGACUCAUUGUACACCAGCACCGACUCCUUCCAGAACUUUAACUGAAGUCAGGGUCGAUUUGAGCGACCUAAAUUUGAUUCCAACCACAGAACCCUUAGUUGGUAAGGAUGUGGGAGCAACUCCCCAGCUCACCAACUAACCGGCCUUCCAGAGAUAGGGGCUAUCCCUGGAAGAGAUUGGGAAUAUCGGGCCCCGUGUUUGUUAUUUUUAUAAUGGUCACAGGAGUUUCCAUGGGGAUUCUCCUGUGAGUAUUAGAGCAUCAUACACCUACAUUACAAGCAGACAUAGGACCCUCUAAUGGGUCACCCAACCUGACCACAUCCAUGACACAUAUAGAACUGACCAAUCAUUUGCACACGAAACGCUCCACCACCCCUACAACUGAUUGCAGGGCCAACGACGUGCGCAGUACGACUGUUUGUGUGCCCUUCAAUGCAACUAGUAUCAUUGACAUCCCUUGGGGGACCUUAGGGGGCCCUAGGAACGGGGUAGGAACCAGUGCCCUCUGGGCUGCUGGAUAUGUCUGAUAUAUGACAUUAGGAAAGGUUUGCGAUUGGUCUUGGAAGAAUUUAGUGGGGGAGACAAUUAAUGGGUGGGAAGACUGGACGACAAACAAGAGGGCAUUGGAAUGGCGGAAGCGACUGACUUUAACUAAGACAAAAACGGGACUGAAACUUACCGUUAGACCAGGGGACCAGCCUUUAAUGUGUUAUGAUUUCAUACUGGCCCCAUGGAAUUCCGGGACCAGAUAUUGGCUGUGGCGAAUUUGUUUGACUAAGAAUCCUAAACCGUCUUCGGUUACAGUAAGGAAUGACAUGAACGCACCCGUAAAAGGGUCACCUAUAUUCUCACUGUUUGGCCCGGUGGAGACAAUAUCCAGGCUUAAAAGUCCGGAUGAUGUAAUAUUGACAGCCACAGGGGUCUCAGGUUUUUCCAAUAAUUGGCUACUGUUGACAGAGGAAGCUGCAAAUACCACCAGACAGAGUUGUGUGGUGUGCAUGGGAGCUCGUCCAUUGCUUCGAAUUGUCCCAGCAGUGGUGACUCGAGCAUGCCUAAUCCCACUUAUGACAACUGAUAACCCCAGAGAUAAUUGUACUGCCUGGGAUGGUGUCUAUCCAGUCACUAAAUUCACCGAUAGGAAACCAGUGUUUUCCAACCAGGUAGCAAGGGCAAAUUUUACUUGUGUCAAUAUGACGGGAGGAGGAACUAAAGUGGGAUGGGUUCCUGCAGAUUGGUGUCUGGAUACAGUUAAUAUUAAGGGUAGUUUUACGGCAAAAUCCAGAGCAGAUGUGUGGUGGUGGUGUGGUAGUACUGUCCUGUUUGAUAAGUUACCUUCCAACAGUACUGGACGCUGUGCACUUGUUACUCUCUUGUUGCCUGUUUCUAUCUACCCUAUAGGAGCCAAGGACCUCGUCCUGCGGAUCCAGGGAGUAAACCCCGGAUAUUGGGGACGUGCCAGGCGAGCCACCACCCCAUCUAGUGGAGACCCCACCUACAUAGACGCUAUUGGAGUCCCCAGGGGAGUGCCUGAUGAGUAUAAGUUAGUAGAUCAGGUAGCUGCAGGAUUUGAAUCAUCCCUCUGUUGGUGGUGUACAGUAAACAAAAAUGUUGAUCGUAUUAAUUACAUACAUUACAACAUCCAAAGGCUAGGCAAUUGGUUUUGAAGCUGUACAUGGUCAACUGGCUGCAACCAGCCUGAUGGCUUUCCAAAAUCGUAUUGCCAUUGAUAUGUUACUCUCUGAGAAGGGCGGCGUUUGCUCUAUGUUUGGUGACCAGUGUUGUACUUUCAUCCCCAAUAACACAGCUUCGGAUGGUAGCUUGUCGGCCGCUUUGGAGGGUCUGCGGACGAUUAAUGGUAAAAUAAAAUCUCAUUCAGGGAUAGAUUCCUCGAUGUGGGACUCCUGGAUGAGUGUGUUUGGUAAAUAUAAAACCCUGGUUUCCUCCAUUUUAGUCUCCAUUUCAGUGUUUGCUGCCAUCUUAGUUCUCUGUGGAUGCUGUUGCAUUCCAUGUAUCCGGUCCCUUACUACUAGAGUUAUCUCUAAAGCUAUUGACCCUGCCUCCCCUUCCCAGAUGUAUCCUCUGCUUGCUAAUGACCUGCCAGAGUUUGAGGAUGAGGUGGAGAAUACCCUUUAGAGAGUGUCACAUCUCUUUGGAGAUGUGAAGAGAGGGUAUCACAACUUUUUCCGGCUGGAAAUAGUUGGCCUAUGUAGAAUAUCAUUUUUACUUUCAUUUAGAGCUGUUGUUCUCCGCUCUGUUAAAUGAGGGUUGUAAGUUCCUAGGUGGCUGGUAGCCAACUUAGUACAUAGUGGGAUUGAGAGGAGAACAUGGUGGUAAUACAUAUACAUCCAUUUCUUUUUAAUGUUGUGCCUUUUUCAUAGCCCCUUUGGGAAAAGUUUUCUUUUGUAUCAGAAUCUAGUUAGGUUGUGUCACGUCUCUGGGGAGACGUGAAGAGAGGGAUUUGUAGAGGACUGCUAAUUCCUAUGUAGGUGACAUUACACUACUAUAGCUGAGACACAUAGUAAAACAGGUUGGGCCCCAUACAGGAUAUCUCUCACACACACACACUCACUGUAAUCAUCCAGAACACUGUCACAACAGGAUACUCCUAGCCACAGGUGCUAGCCGGCAGUUCGGCCACAACUCCCCUGAAGAUAGGGACGCAUACGCUCUUACACACUGACCCCAGAAGACAGGGACGACGCACAUACAGUACACACAUAGCUGCCGAGGACACCCAGAUAAGACACCCACAGAUUGGCAGAAAGCCUAGACUUAGAGACAAACUAACACACACACAUAAUCUCCCUCCCAGCCGAACAUUGUGUGACUGAAGAUAGCGCACACACCAGAUCUCCUUUUCAGCUGAACGGGGUGUGACGACCAAGAACAGGCAUGGCAGGAUUCUACGAUGACGGACAGACAACAGAGCCAAUGCCGGAUGACUACACCCCAGCCUGAUCCAAUCCGAAGAUCCGAUCUCCUAGAUAUCAACCUACUUUCUGUUCUGUAUAUGAAGCUUGUACCCAUUGUUAGCUAGUGCCUUUUUUGCUAGUCUCUGAUGAGCUAACAGAGGGGCCCGUAUAUACGCUGUACCAGAUAUCUCCACUUUGAAAUAAACCUGUCGCUUGUCGUACAAUCUAC